GUUGACAACUCUAAUAAUCAAAUAGAGCGACAGCGGCCGCGCGCGCGCAUGUGAAUUCAUAAAUCACGCUGUGUUCGUAAUAUGAAGUGAAUAAAAAAACCAACUUGAAUUCUCUACUUGAAACUCUCUAUUUCAAAGUCGGUUUAAAAUGAAGUUAUUUAGUUUUUUUAUAUUGGUAUUGAUCGAGUGGACCUCUGCAGUGAUAUACAGGCUAAAUGAAACGGAGUAUUACCGCAUGCCGCCGGUGACCCAUCUGGACCCGUACGAGCGAUGUCUGUCCAGGCCUGGAGGGGUGUACUGCAGCGCGGAGCUGGGCGUGGUGGCUGACGGGCCCAACGAGCUGUAUUCCCUUAUGAAGGAAUAUUCAGAACACACGGUAACACAUUUCAAUCGAACACAACUAUUCUACGGAGUUUGCAUGACAUCAACUUGCCGAGAUUUCUAUAAUGCCAACGAGACGGACCUAAAGCACAUCCUUGAGGCAUGCCUGAAUAAAACUCUUUGGGAUGAGUACCAACUGAAGACCAGAGUCACUGAGCUCAUAUCCUGUGAUAAACAUGGAGAUACAAAACAAGUCUAUGCAGCGGACAUAGUAGUUGCAGUGAUUUUGAUGUUAAUAGUGAUGCUCAACCUAAUCGGAAGCCUUUACGGAUUCUAUUGUAUCUCAAGAAAUAAACAAGAUAGAAACUGGCUGCUAUGCUUCUCAAUUGUUCACAAUUGGGAAAAGUUGGUGAAACCUCCAAAUCCGGACCCUGAGGUGGCCCGGUUCAGGGGACUCAGUGGUAUGAGGAGUCUAACAAUGAUGCUAGUCAUAUUGGGUCACGCGUUUCUUCCAUCGGCGCUCAGUGCUGUCAACGAAUUUGAGUUUGAGCAGUUGUACGACAACCUGGCCUACCAGAUCUUCUUCAACGGGACCCUGAUCGUGCAAACAUUCUUCGUGAUAUCCGGCUUCCUCCUGAUGAUGAAGAUAUUGACCUAUUCUGAGCACCACCAGAUGUCUUGGAGGAUGGUGCCCAAAGGAAUCAUCUCUAGAUGGCUCAGGCUUACCCCGUCGUACGCUGUCCUCCUUGCGUUCACAGCUACUUGGAUGCGUUUCACUGGAGCAGGACCUUUCUGGGCUAGAAUAGCAGAAAUAGAAGUAAAUGACUGUCGCCGUCACUGGUUCUACAACCUGCUGUACCUCAACAACUACAUCGACAAAUCGCACUGCAUGACACAUACCUGGUACCUAGCCUGUGACAUGCAGCUCCACGUUCUCGGCCUCAUCAUCCUGGGCGUCUUCACCAGCGGCCGAGCGAGGAAGAUCGCGCUUGGCUGCCUCUUCACCGUCGGAAUGUUGACGCCGAUGCUCCACACUUACUUCCAGAACCUUGACGCGGUUCUUCUAGUGUCUCCUACGAUCAUGACAACAUUUUUCGUGACGGACCCCACGUUCAACAACGUGUACAAGCGCAGUCACACAAACAUCGUUAACUUCGCUCUGGGUCUCAUUGCCGGCUGGAUCGUCCACGGCUGGAAGAAGAAGCAAAUUGAUGAAGCCAACUUUAAGAAAUACCGCUACGGCAUGUGGCUGGUGUGGCCGGCCAUGCUGGGCGUGGUGGACCUGGGCGCGCUGUUCUACCAGGCGCGGCCGCCGCCCGCGCGGCCGCUGCGCGCGCUGUACUCCAGCCUCGUCAAGGCCAGCUUCGGCAUGUGCGCCGUGCUCGUCAUCAUGGGCUGCGUGCUCAGGGUCGAGGACUUGUACCGAGGUAUCCUGGAGUGGCGAGGCUGGACGGCCCUGGCUCGGCUGUCGUACUGCGCGUACCUCAUCCACGUCAUGCUCAUCAGGAUCCUCGGCGGCAUGCGGUCCACACUCACGCACGUCUCCUUCUUGCAGAUCAACAUGGAAGUAUAUGGCAUGAUCGCUCUGGCGUUGCUUGUAGCAGUGCCUUUCUGGUUGAUGGUGGAGUCACCGUUGUCACAACUGGUGAACAUACUUCUGGCGGGGAAUGAGAAGGAGAAACCUACCAAGACUGAAGUCAAUAUGAACGAGAAGACAGAGAAGAAGUGAUCAGUGGUUGGUUAUUGAGACUGUAUUUUGUUUCACCUUAUACAACACGACGACUUUGUGAAAUACUAGAUGUUGCCCAGUGCUUCGUCCCGUGGGGAUUUUGAGAUAAAAUAUAGCCUAUAGCAAUCUUGGGCCAUAUACCAUUCUAAUGGUGAAAGAAUUUUUGAAAUCAGUUCGGUAGUUUGGGAGAUUACCCGGCUCAAACACACAAAUGUAAUACCUCUUUAAAAUAAUAGUAUAGAUAUGAUCGAAGGAAAAUUUUAGGCUAGAAGAUGGAAAGGAAAGCCAAAAGGGCAUUCAUAGAUGAUAUAAAAGACAAGUAAAAGUCGUGUCGUAUAGGAAGGUAACAUCUAUGGCAGGAAACAGAGUACAAUGGAAAAUACUCCAUUGACAAGAAGCUCGUUCUAUGAUGAAUGGAUUGACUAAAAAAUGGAAUGUUGUUUUCAGUGUUCGUGUUUCUGUAUGACAGUUUAGUCAUAAUUUCUUUUAUUGUAAUUCAUACUUGCAUACUUACUCAUAUUAUAAAUGUGAAAGUCUGUCUGUCUGUUCCGCUUUCACGGCUAUACCGCUGGACCGAUUUUGAUGAAAUUUGGUAGAAUGUAGAUAAAGAACCCCGUUCAAAAAUAGGCUACUGAUUUUUUCAAAAAUCAACCCACAAAUGACUAUAAUGAGGGUGAAAGUUAGUAUGAAAAUCGUGUCUGUUCCGCUUUUGCAGAGAAAUUUACGCGGGCAAAGCCGUGGGCAAAAUCUAGUAAGUUAUAUAUGUUUAAAUAAUUAUAUAAUAUUUAAUAAGUAUUAUUUAAUGUGCCAAUAUAUUAAGUAUUUUUUUCUAAGUAAAUAUUUUUAAGUUAAGGUUUAGGUA